AUGUGGUGCGCUUUGGUAACAUUUUUUGUGGUGGUGAUUGUAAGCACAAGUGUGACAUUGGAAAACGAUUCUCAUCUAACAAAUCUAGCUGAAGCUGGGAAGUUGCUGCUCAAUGACGCACGGAACGGGAAUAACAUUGAAUUGAUUUGUCAACGGUGCACUGGCAUUGCCGACUGUGAACCUAUAAUCUGCGAUCCGGGAGACAAUUGUUACGCCAAUAAACUUGAUGACAGAAGAGGCUGUACAUCCGACGGCAUUUAUCAAGAGAAUCAAGAUGAGUUCGAAGUGUGUAGCACGAGCAACUGCAACCGACUUCCAAAAUGCAUAGUUUGUAGUUCUGACAAGCCGGGACAGACCGAUUGCCUAGAGAGUCCCGAAAAAUUCUCUCAAACGUGUGAACGACACGGUAUUACCACAACGGAGAACUGCUUCCGCGAUGAAGCUAGUGACGACAACUUUCGAUUGGGUUGCACAAGUGAAGAAAACCUACCGGUUUGUGAUACAUACAACUGUAAAACAUGUGAACAGGACAAUUGCAACUCGAAAGAAUUCAGCAGAUGUUUCUUAUGUGGUAAUUCAGAGUGUCGAUCCAUAGAUCCUGAAAGACAAACCGUCGACACUUGUCAAGAUUAUGAUAGUUUAUGCUACUCUGGAUACACACGAGCAGGCAAGGUGACGUUUCGCGGAUGUACCGACGGACUGGAUCCAGCAGAUCUUUUCGAUAUUGCUGAAGCCUGUGCCAAACCGAGAUGUAACCACAAGGACUUCCCUACGCACCGCCAGUGUCAUCAAUGCGAAACCUGUGGAGGCGACUGGUUGAGCGAUUACUGCCCCGAUGUCGCUGCCAAGCAAUGUUUCACGCUGGAGUUGAACGACGGAACUAUUCGGCGUGGAUGCGAUACGGAUAGCCAAUUCGGUGAAUGCGUUGAGUACAACAACUGUCUCGUUUGUGAUUCUGAUUACUGCAAUGUCGAUGAGACCAAUCCCGAGUGUGUUAUCUGCGGAAAUGCUGAAGAAUGCAGGACUGGCGUUUUGAAAACAUGUCCAGGAUCAAAAUUUUAUGACGGCUGCUAUUUGUAUCAAGAUGGUUCUAAGGUUAAAAAAGGUUGUUUGAAUGAACUGACGGAUCCCUCCUCGGAAGAGUAUCUCGCUUGUGAAGGAGGGGCGGAGUCAUGCACAAGGUGUACCGGAAUUGGAUGUAAUGUUUUACACUGUGUGUCGUGUAGUUCGCAACACGACGGAAGUUGUAUUGUAGGCGUAGAAACCUUGCGUUAUGAACUGUGUUCGAUCGAUGACACGUGUUUGGUGCACAAGGAUGUCGACGGUUUCACAGUGCGAGGGUGUUCAAAAACGUUCCCAGAGAUACCUUGCGAGGAAGAUUGCAUAAAAAGCAGCGGUCCGGCGAGCAAUGUCGGACUGUUCCCAGUAGAUGCGAAGCAGUGCUACCAAUGCAAGGGAAAUUGUGACAGAAUUAAACCCGAGCAACAUAUGAUAAAGGUUAUGCAAAGCAUUGAAUAUUGUCAGAUAAUUCGGUUUAUGAGCGUGGUUGUGUUUCCGACGAGGAUUAUGAGUGUAGCGAUGAGGACAACUGUAUGGAAUGCACUCAAGGGAAUAACUGUAACUCAGAUGAGUUCUGGAGUUGUCUAUCCUGCUCAGGACAUACCUGUUUUGACAGUCCCGCUGAAACUUGCCGCACUUCUGUGGGGUGUAUGGUAUAUCUGGAAGAAUUUGUGCAACACUGACAACUGCAAUGACAACGACGUGUGUGCCGUUGGUGAAUCUGAUGCCGGAGUUUGCCGCAAUCAUCAACCGGGGAACAAAUGCUUUCGCUAUCAGAAGCAGGGUGAACUCAUUCUCGGUUGUAUUGAUGACAUCGUAUCCGAGUGCAACGAUGAUCCGGAAUACUGCUUGAAGUGCGAAACAAAUCUGUGCAAUACUGAAGAAUUAGCUGAAUGCUUCAUAUGUUCCGAUUGUCCCACUGUCGAUGACCAACCCACAAAGCAUUGUACAAACAGGAAUGAUCAAUGUUUCACGGGGGUUCUCGAGGACGGCAAGGUCAUCCGAGGAUGUCAUGCUGAGCAAGAUUCUUCAGAAGAACUACUCUACAGUCUUGAAUGUAGGGGAGCUUGUUGCAAUACGGAUUCCAUGACACAAAUCAGUACUUGCUAUCAGUGCGAUGGAUGUCCAUCUACUGACGAGCACCUGCCUGAAAUCUGCAGAAAUCAUGAGUUCGGUGGAUGUUAUACACAGCAUAGCACCGCAGACAGAUCGAUAAGUCGAGGAUGCGUGAAUGAUGAAAAAUAUGGGCUCUGCCAGGAAGGAAUCAACUGUCGGGUUUGUUCACAGGCUGAUUGUAACGUUGAUGAAGCGCUAGAUACACCACUUCUGUGCGUUUCAUGUUCUGGACCAGAGUGUUCGGGCUAUAGACCAGCGUUGCCAUGCCAUAGCGAAGGGCUGCUAAUGGAUCGUUGUGUCACCUUUGCUGACCAAGGUGUAGCAACGUUCAAAGGUUGUCUUAGCGAUGGUAUCCCGCGUGAAAUGGAAGACGAUUGCUACUCAACCAAAACAUUUUGUAGUCUGUGUGACUACGAUUACUGCAACGCGUCUCCUUUAUCUUGCUACAACUGCUCGACAAUCGACGAGGGAAUUGGCUGUAUUACUAAUCCGCAAAGAAUGGCGAUAAUUGACUGUGCACCGGAUGAGGUUUGUGUGACAUUUGUAGACCGUAAGUACAUGUUUGCUACCACGAAAUUUCCAUGAUAUAGCUUUUUUUUCCUAGACAACGGUCAUCUUCACCGAGGAUGCUUGAACGACGACGAAAAAGAGUGCACUGAGAAUACGCUAUGCAAAACAUGUCAGAACUCAAAUUGCAACGUAAAAAUUAUUCCAGAGGAUCGACAGUAUUGCUACCAAUGCACUGAUGAAGACUGUGUAGAGAUUGAUCCUUCAAAAAUCGAGUCGAUACCGUGCGCGAUAUACGAUCCAGAGGAAUCGUGCUAUACAUACGUUGAAAACAAAUCCUCCGUAUAUCGUGGCUGUUCGUCGGAUGGAUUCCCCUUAUGUGAAGAUAACUCGCUGUGUAUUAAAUGCAAUCACACCACUGGAUGCAAUUUACAAGGACCAUUUGUUCCCAAUAAUUUAUCAUGCGUCAAAUGCAUCGGUAACGGAAACUGCGACGAGGCUGAUUCUGGUUCAGUCUGCGAUGAACAGCUACUGCUUGGUCGAGAGGACGCUUGUUAUACAAAAUACUGGAAUGAGUUAGUUAUUGGGAAAGAGUGUCUCUCUGACCUGGAAGAGACACAUCCCUGGUACAAUGACUGUUCAUUGAAUAACACCAAAUGUGAAACCUGUGUCUACUCCGAUUGUAAUCAACGUAAUCCAUCCUGUUAUGACUGUAAUUCUGCCGAUGAUGAUGAUUGUGUGGAACUCCACUCAACAAAGCACUUGAGACAGUGUAAAAAAGAAUGUGUGGUUUUCUUGACGGAUGAAGGAUACACAGUGCGGGGUUGUACCGAGGAUUUCCCAAACCUCGAUCCGAACGAAUGUAACGAUUCUCCAUCGUGUAACAUUUGUGAUUCCACAGGAUGCAAUACAGAAACACUUCCGAGCACCCGGCUUAAGUGUUACCAAUGCGAAGGCUUUGAAUACGACUGCUUGAGUCCAGAAACGUCUCAGGCAAAGUGGUGCGCACGGUUCCUGGCGGAUGACAGUUGCUACACGUAUUUCGAAAACGCAACGUGGGUCGCCAGAGGUUGUGUAUCCAAUAUUGACAACGAAAUUUGCACGGAAAAUUGUGUGCAAUGUGGACAAACAGGAUGCAACAGGCAGGAAGCUUUUCAGCAGAAUCUCCUCUCAUGUACUCAAUGUGAGGAUUCCAACUGUGACGAACUUACAACGGGUGAAUUGUGCUCGAAAGAAAUUUUGCUCGGCCGUCAAGAUUUGUGCUACACGUAUCAUAAUGGUGAAAUCACACGCAAGGGUUGUUUGAGUGAUCUGGAUCCUAGCAGUUUGUUGGGGGAAUCUUGCGAGGAUGCUGAUAACGAUUGGUGCGUUUUUUGUGAUUACGAUAAUUGCAAUGGAAACAUGCAUGUGUGUAUUACAUGCGACUCAGCCCAUGAUGUGGAGUGCAAUGACUGGUUUAAGGUUAUUCGCUCUAACUUUGGAGAAUACUGCCCUGAAGAAAAAUGUAUUUCAUACGUUGGAGAUGGAAAUUUCGUCAAAAAAGGAUGUGCCGAUGAGAACCAACAUUGCGAAGAGGGCGACCCGCUAUGUCGUGAAUGCACCGGAUCACUGUGCAAUAAUGAGAGAUUUCCCACCGAACGAAUGGCCUGCCACCAAUGCGUAGACUGUGGCGAGCUUCCCUCAACUCAUCUGUCCACAAUUUGUCCAAAGUAUUACGAGGGGGAAGCAUGUUUUAUUUUCGUCAUUGAUGACAUCACUCACCGAGGAUGUCUUUCACAAACUAAUUUAGUAUGCAACGAAUCGAUCCACACUUGUUGGUCCUGUAGAGGCAAUGGUUGCAAUGAUCUACCAUCAGAAAUUAACAGCACGUUAAGCUGCAUACACUGUCGCGGAAGUAGAUCAUGUUUGGAAUCUGAAGACCCAAUACCCUGCAAUGGAUCAAUCGCAUUGGGAUACAAUGAUGCGUGCUACAGUUUUCGACUCAACGAUGAAAUAUUGGCCAAAGGUUGCUUGAGAAAUGAACCAGCAAUAUGUGAACAUCCUGAAGAAUGCGAAAUAUGCUCUUGUAAUGGAUGCAAUUCCGUCACGCGAGACUCACCAACUGUUGAAUGCCACGUGUGCAAUGGUGAGAAAUGUUCGAUAGGUCCAUUUGAAGGUGAAACUUGCACCGGUGCCGCCUGCAUUUCGUACGUUUCUCAAGAAGGUAUAGUAUCUCGUGGAUGUCUGCAAAGUUUUGAAGAAAAAUGUCCAAUCUAUGGUACAAAACAUGAUAUCUGUUUUGAGGACUUUUGCAAUGAGGAAAUAUAUCCACCGGAUAGAAUCAAAUGUUAUCGCUGUACUGACUGCCCCUUAGCUUCGGGAGAUACUGAAACGUGUCCAACAUACAGAGAAAACGAUGGUUGUUUUACUCAGAAAUCAAUUGACGAAACGACUGCAACACGAGGAUGCAUAUCCGAACUAGCGAAAGGUUGUGAUGGACCAAACUGUUUUACAUGCUAUCAUGAUGGUUGCAACAGUGAAAACGUGAUAGAAACAUCCACUGGUGGUAGUUCAACGACUUCUACUUCAACAACUGAUUCUGAUCCCAGCUCAUCUAUUAUUCCGUCUCAAUUAUGUAUACGGUGUGUACAAAGCUCAUCGAACCCCAGUUGUGCUUGGGGUUACCCCUCCGAAUCCGCUGAAUUAUGCCCUUCAGAAGAUGAAACCGGAUGCUUUACCUGUGUCAGCGGAAACAACACGAUACGUGGAUGCUCAUCGGAAAUCGCGGAAAGCUCCUGCCAACAAGAAACUAUUGAGAUCUGCUCUGGAAAUGGAUGUAACAAUCAGAACCAACGAGUACAGUCUUGUGUAAUUUGUACCAAUAAUUGCGAUAUUACAGAAAAUAAGUUUGAGGUACAGCAGUGUUCCGAAUUGACCGAGUAUGCCAAACGAGGAUGUUACAUACUUAAGAACGUUCUAAGGAUCACCGUCGAGCGUGGCUGUGUGGCGACGCUUUCAACAACUGUUUUGAAUGCAUGCCAUAACACACCGGAUGCAUGCGCAAUUUGUUAUGAGGAUGGUUGUAAUGGGGCAGGACGGUUCGGGGUAUCGCACCUAUUGGUCAGUUGUUUGCUGUCCGUUGUAUUGUUUUUGGUAAAAUAUUAA